AGGGCUCUUUCCAGAUCCUGGACCCUGGAAAGUUCCUCCGGCUCGCAAAGUCACUCUUCGCGAUACUCUAGGUAUUGAAGCUCUUCCACGGCAGCGUUUUAACAAAACAAAACGAACGCCAUAUGUACUCAAUAUAAUGGUUGUCGGUGAAAGUGGCCUUGGCAAAACCACUUUUAUGAAUACACUUUUUAAUACUCCUCUUCGAGAAGAAAUUCUUCCGAGAAAUCCGCAAGCUACAAAAACUGUGGAGGUUGCCCCUGUACAUUAUGAACUGACUGAAGACGGCGUAAUGCUUAAUCUUACUGUUGUUGAUACUCCUGGAUUUGGUGAUCAACUUAAUAGAGAACACAAUCUUGACCCCAUUGUUGAAUAUAUUGAUAAUCAAUUUGAAGCAUAUCAUGCCGCCGAACGUAGUCCUGAAUUUCGACGGGCUAUUCCAGAUACUCGUAUACAUAUUUUAUUGUAUUUCAUUGCUCCCACUGGCCACGCUCUCAAGGAACUUGAUAUCAAAGCCCUUCAAGUUUUAUCAGCAAAAGUUAAUGUUAUUCCUGUCAUCGCAAAAGCUGACACCUUGACACAAGACGAGAAAGCGGCAUUCAAGAAAACUAUAUUAAGAGAUAUCGAGGCUAAUAAUAUCAGGAUUUUCCCAACAGCAUAUCAAGAUGAUCGGGAGAGUGUCGAGGACCUUGAGAAAUAUAUUCCAUUCACAGUUAUUGGAAGUGACCAUUUUGUGGAUGUCAAUGGAAAACAAGUACGAGGAAGGAUUUAUCGGUGGGGUGUUGUUGAGGUCGAGAAUGAAAAUCAUUGCGAUUUCAUUCAUCUUCGUGAACUCCUCAUGACUCACGCGUUGCACGAUCUUCUUGAAACCAGCCACACCGUCCAUUAUCACAACUAUCGUGCGGAUAAACUUCGUUCAAAUGGUCGUCCAGAAUCAAUUUUAGCCUGUGACGAGUCCUACGAACACAGAAUCGAACGAAGCAAACAAAAUAUGGCAGAAGACAUGGUGAGAAAAGAAGAGGAGAUGCGACAAAACUUUGUAUUGAAAGUAAGAGAGAAAGAGGCCAACUUAAGAGAGAGAGAAGAACAGCUCAAUCAACGCAGACGACAACUUAUGGCGGAAUUGGAAGAACAACGUUUGGCACUUGCAUCCGAAGAGCGUGAGUUCCAAGAAAUGUAUACCGCAAGUCGUGCAACAAGUGCAAGCAAAAUCCAAGAGACAUAUGACGUCUCAGUUGAAACAUUGCGACGAUGGGCCGCCUCCGGAGAACCUGCAGAAGACUUGCUCGAUCGUUACGGUAUUGUGACAAGACAUAACGGAAUACGUUCAGCCGCCAACCGCAGAAGAAGACGAGAAGCUACCCAAGCUCAAGAAGAUCAAGAGUUCCAAGAUCCCAGCAGGCAAGACACAACGUAUCCGUCUCUUUUCUACCCAAGAAGAGCAGUCGAAACUCGGACAAUGGAUAGGGACAGCACGCUGGACGAUUUGCGAGCACGAUAUCUCAACGCCGUAAACUUUAAGAAUGAUACAAAACUUAAGUGGGUUAUAGAAACGCCUUAUGAUAUACGAGAUGAAGCUAUGAACGACUUGCUUAAAGGAUAUUCUUCCAACUUUGUUGCAAAUCAUAAAAAAUUCAAGAUGAAGUUCCGUUCUAAAAAGGAUUCUCAACAGUCAAUUGCAAUACUUUCUAACACUGGGGCAAGUUUCGUGGAAGGAUCAGGAGUGAUUGCUCUGGAUCCAGGCGUGCGUACAUUCAUGACUGGCUAUGAUCCAAGUGGAAUAGCUAUUGAAUGGGAAAUGAUAUUAGUAGAAUUUAUCGGCUUUCGACUCUAUUCAUGGAAAAAUACACAAACGAAAACGAUACGAGCUUCGCAGGUAAGACGUGUGGGUGCUGUGGCCAUAUCCAUCAAAAGCUGGGUGGAUCCAAAGUGUUCCGUUGCCCCAGUUGUACAACUGAGCUUGAUCGAGACAUCAAUGGUGCUCGCAAUAUACUUCUUCACUAUCUCACCCACCAAAAUCAAGAGUCGGUUUAUGCUGGCGCUGGGACCUACCUCCUAG